AAACCUUCUGGAUAGAUUUACCAGAAGAAUUGAAGCUGAUAUAGUUGCAAAGGGUGGGCAGCUCUAUAUUAAACCCUAUUAAAUCCUGAUAAAGGGUUUCAUGUGCAUGCAAUGGCAGAUUUCCUGGAACCUUUGACAAUAUAUUGCAGAGAUAUAUAUAUAUAUAUUCAUCCAACUUGGGGUUUAUUAAAACAACUAUAUAAUCUUUAAAUUACCAGAGUUCAGCAUCUUAUGGUAAAUGUGAAAGCAAAAUAGUCAUUUCCAUACUUCAAGUCUCCUGAUUUGCCUUAAAUAGGCGUAUUGUCCACAUUUUGAGGAAUGGAAUUUGUUAAUAUAAUGAAUGAUGAGCCUGUCAGAGGUCACUGUCAAUGUCAGAGCUGUUCUGCUUUGUAUUGGUCUGUUCGUGGCAGAAAUUUGUGAAUGAGGUGUGGUAACAAGUCCUUAAAAACAUUUAUCAAUGUGAAAUGCCACAUUUAUUUGUAUCUCACUGCUGAACUGGAGAUCAUGAAGACUUUGAUUGCAGUGCUGUUUUUUCUGAGUCUCUUUGGAGUCUCUUUGGGCGUCUACAGACUUCAUUUCUUCAUCAAUAAGACUUUGUCUUGGCAAGAUGCACAAACGUAUUGCAGACAGAACUACGAUGACUUGUCCACCGUCAGAGGUACAGAUUUGGAGGCCUUAUCGAACAAUCCGCUGAUUAAAGAGAAUUAUUUUUGGAUUGGACUGCAGAAUAACCGUAACCAGUGGAUCUGGUCCACAGGCGAGGAGGCGAGGGUAACAUUUUGGGAUAAUGGAGAACCAACGAUUUUGUUAGGAGGCAACUGUGGAAGUGUCAACAAAAAGACAUUCAAAGCAUCGAAUGUAGGCUGCAAUGACCAGCUGCGCUUUUAUUGCAUGUUCGUGUUUGAGCUGAUCGUCAUUCAUCAAGAAAGCACAUGGGAAGAAGCUCUGCUUUACUGCCCUCAACACUACCUCAGUCUGGCAAUAAUAAACUCACAGGACAUCAUGGAAGAAGCCAAGAUUAACAGCACAGUAGCCCAUACAGAUGACUUGUGGAUCGGCCUGCGCUUUCUAGCUGGGAGCUGGUUUUGGGUGAAUGGAGAAGGUGUUAGAUAUAAAGCCUGGUCUUCAGAUGGAGAGCUUCAGUGUCCUGCUACGAAUCAGAGAUGUGGAGUUUAUAACCGAGCGCAGGAGGUUUGGAAACCCACUGACUGUGUGCGGAGACUCAACUUUCUGUGUGUCAAGAGGAAAUAUAUUAACUGAUUAAAUUCAUCUUGAACAGUAGUUACACUAUACUGGGAGUUUUGUGCAAUGUCUGUUUUGGAAAUGCUUUCUUUCUUUGCUUUGCUUUUAAAUUGCUGAACAUAAUUAUUAAAGGGAUAGUUCACCCCAAAAAAAUUAUGUUGUCAUUUACUCACCGCUGACUUUUUCUAAACCGGUUUGAACAUAAUUUUUGCAGAAUGUUAUAAAUUCGUAACCAUUGUCUUCCAUAAUAUUUGUUUUUCCUUCUGUGAAUGUAAAUGUUACAGGUUUCCAACAUUACUCAAAAUAUCUUCUUUUGUGAACUGAACAAAAAAAUCUGAAACUAGUUCGGAACAAGUCAAUGGAGAUUAAAUGAUGGCAGAAUUUAAAUUAUUGGUUGAACUAU